UUAUCUAGUAUAAUGGAAGUAGCUUGUGAAAUUGAAAUGAUUAAAGAUCCCGAAACACGAAAAUCAAAUAUCACAUAUGUGGCAAGACACAUUGAAGAUGCCUUGAGUUCACAACGUGAAUAUCGAUCCGGUUGUGGUGUGCGCUUUAAACAUUGUUUAGCUAAAAGUUGCUGCUUAUGGUUCGGUAAACGUUACGGAAAUUAUUUAAUAUGCUUAUAUCUAAUUACAAAAUCACUGUACAUAUUCAAUGUGGUUGGGCAGUUCUUUUUAAUGAACAAAAUUUUGGGCACGAAUUACACAUUUUACGGUUUGGAUUUACUCCGUGAUAUAAGUGAGGGUUAUGUGUGGCAGGAAUCAGGCAAUUUUCCACGUAUUACGCUUUGUGAUUUUGAAGUACGCAAGGUGGCCAAUAAACAUAGGCAUACUGUACAGUGUGUACUACCUAUCAACAUGUUUAACGAGAAAAUCUUUAUAUUUCUAUGGUUCUGGUUUAUAUUGGUAGCGGCUGUGAAUACAAGUAGUUUUCUAUAUUGGUCAUACAAAUCAAGCUUUCGUGGAACAAGAAUUCAGUUCAUUAGAAAAUUUUUAAAAUUACGUGGAGCGCUAGAACCAGGUGAUAAGAAAAGAACAUUAACAUUUGUUGAUUCAUAUUUAAGACAAGACGGUGUAUUUAUUUUGAGAUUGACAGCACAAAAUGCUGGUGAACUAGUUGCCUCUGAAAUAAUUGAAAAAUUAUGGAAUAUGUACAGAGCGCAUCAAAAUAUAAGCACAACUUCAACAUCUCAGCCACUUUCUUACACUUUGCCGCAACAACCUCAGCUGCCACAGCAUCAACCAUCACACCGAUCAUCACAUCACCACCAUCAUCACCGUUCCAGUACAGCCUCAAGUACUAAUAGGCGUGCAAGCCGAUCGCUUACUCCAGUAAGUCCUUCAGAUUCAUCAGAAAUAAGAAGAAAACCACCUCCGAGCUAUCCGGCUUAUCAUUUACGACCACCACCAGCUAGUCCGGCAGGAAGUCAACUUCCUCCUCCUCUUCCUCCAUCCCUAAGACCAUCAGCACCACCACCUCUUCCUCCAAUACUAGGAAAAACAACUAGUAGUAGCUUAGAUGGUACAAGUAGCUCUAUAACAAGUCAUAGUCAGCCAUCCACAGUAACUGAAAACACUGAUCAGUUUGUAAGAAUGAGAUCUGUUAUUUCAGGUAGUAUAGGGUUUGAAACUUUAAGACCAACUGAAAGUCAGUCAACAGAUUUAUGUACUAACACCGACAUAAAGAAGAGACUACCCACUACUGGGAAUAGCUCUCUCCUGGGUGUAGUUAGUGUUAGAUCUAGUAACUCCACACAACAACAGCAGGCAAAUAAUCAAAGUUCACAGAUCCGUAGCCAAUCAGAAGAAGAUCCUGGAGAAUUUGUCUAAUAUAACAUUAUUUUUCCAUUCAUUGCUGGUAUAACAAAAGACAGCAAAUAUUCCUUCUUAAAAAUCUUUUAAACUGUGAUUUAUAAAUACUUCUCACUGCUUGUAUUCUUUUUGUACAUUCAAUACCUUCCAGCUGCCUGUAUCAACCAGCAUUUACCAUCAAUAAAAUUACUUAAAAAUUGAUUUUCUUAAAGACAUUAACUCCACUCUGAACAUUUCAACUUUCUUGCUGUUUAAAGCGCCACUGCGAUCUAUUUUCAAAGUCUAUUCAUCUUUAUUCAAACAUUUAUCUUUACAAUGCUUAGAUUAUUUUCAGAGUAACAAUUAUAUCAAUGGAUUUAGAGUACAUCUUUUCAAAUUGAGACAAUAGACUGAAAUGUGCUUAAAUUGAAAAUAGAACAUUUAAAUUCAUAAAAAUAUGCACCAAUUGUACAUGUAUGUCCUUGUAUAUAUCUAUGAAUAUAUAUAUAACUUUUGUAAUACUCUAGUCCACUAUGCCUUGCUUGAAGUGAUAUUAUGAAAGCCUUACAUUAGCACAUGCAUAAAAUAACUAAAUAUGUUAGUAAUAUUUUCAUUUCCCUUUCUCAAAACAAUAUCACAAUAAUCAAAACUCCUUAAUUCAAUUA